GAAUGGGAGGCAAUGGGAGUGGAACAACUGCGUCUCGGCACCGUAGAUCUAACUGGAGUCCCCACCUUGGAAAACCUGCACAAGGGUGUUGAAUUCAUACUGAAACACCGAGCGUGCGGUCACAGUGUCUAUGUGCACUGCAAGGCAGGACGCUCCCGCAGUGCCACCAUGGUGGCAGCGUAUCUAAUUCGUCUGCAUCACUGGAGCCCUCAGGAAGCAAUAGAGGCUAUUGCCAAGAUCCGUCCCCACAUCCUCAUUCGACACAAGCAAGUCCAGGUCCUGGAGACAUUUCACAGGAACAUGAUUGCUGGGACAACUGCAUAG